CUUGAGUUAACUGUGUUGUGCAUGUUGAUAAACUAGUGGUUAUCAAACAUUGAGUUGUGUAAGUUUCAUUUUAGAAACUCUGUUUUAAUGUAACAUCGAAAAUCAACUGAAAAAAGAUCUAAUUAAGUGACUAUAUACCAAUGGAUACAUCAUGUCUACCUGUUACGAGAUGAACAAGUAAAGUUUACCUUAAAAUUGGUAAUAAUCAAUUCUUUGGAAAAAAUUGUUUCUCUUUUUCCUCCUUUUUUUGGUUGUCUCUUUAUGUGUCUGGUUGACAGUGAAAAGUGAACUUUUGUGCCUCUGUUUGUUUUGUUAGCCAUUUUUUUGCCUUUUUUGGCUAUUCAGCCAUCAUUUUCAACAUAUUUGUGCUCUAAUUGUUACCAUUUAACACUGUUGUCAACCUUUAAUCUCACCAUUAUUGUCACCGGUUAAACCAAUCGAUUGAUUAUUUAUUUAAUUUAUUGUAAAGUUUCAACUUAUAACCUGACAACUUUACACAUAUCACGAUGAAACCUCCUAAAUUACCUGGAGUUGAAAAGUUCAAGUUUUGGGAUAAAUCACUGUUGGAAGAUGACGAUGAAAUUGACAGUUCAUCACCCCAUAAUACUCGAUCAAACGCUCCUGGUUCCUAUUCUGUACCUCAUAGUGUCUUCAUUAGAGGCCAUGUGAUUCGUAAUACCUGUCCAACUUUACCACAAAAGUCAGUUUUCUGUGAUAUCAUGGAUUCAUCUAAUCAUGAAGCAUACCAUUCCUUGCCAACCUAUUGUCGGGACACUCGCCGUCGUAAAGUCAUCCUUCCAAUCUCAUCUCGCCUUGCAGCCAAAGUUUUAAGCUCAACCGAUCUCCCAUUGGGCCUAUUUGAUAUCCGUGAUUACCAUAAAUCAACAAGAUUAAGAGAGUGUACCGAUGUAGUUACCGGACGUACCAAUUUACCAAUUAGACGAAUAAAUUGUAGCAAUUCAUCACUCCAUAGUACAGACGAUCAUGAGCUGGCCUCAAACCUAUCCAAUGUAUCUAAUGUUUCCAAUUUUUCCCUCUCCUCAACAUCAACCUCAUCUUGUCCAAUUAUCAGUGAAAAAACAAUUGUCUCAUGAAAACAAAACUGACUUGCACCCGUUCAAAUUGACACCAUUGUUUAUAAUCAUAUUUUACAUUUGAAAAUAAAAAAUUUAUUCACAUUUA